UUAAUGAUGUAAACGAUCACAAUAUAUGAUAAUUACAUGAAAUAAUAUAAAAUAUUUUAAAACUAAACCCUACUGAAUAGCAGUUCUGCAAUUAUUUUAGUUAUUACAAUUAUUUUAUGUUUUUUAUAAUCGUGGUGUCGAAAUGACACCGGCGGACGUUUCAUGGCAAUUGAAUUCCCGGAUGUGUACAUCUCUGGAGUUAUAACAUUUUUCAUAAACUGAAUUUAAUCAUAGCAGGAUUAGAAUAUGCAUGUUAAAUAUUCAUUUAUGAGGUAGUAAAAUUUUCACGAAUAUGUUAUUGGAAUUAAAUUCUGCGAAGUAUGAAAUGUUGAGUGAUAUAAACCCUACAUGAUAGAAAAAAAAAUCAUUUUUCGUAAUCAGCACUAAAUAUUAUAUUUAAAAAAAUCAAUAGUCAAAAUUAAAGCAGUUUUCAAUUUUUUUAUAACCUGUAUAAUUGUUCGCAAUGAUUUUUCUCUGUUGUCGUGUUAAACAUUUAGGAAAAAGCCGUUUCGAUACUCUGUUGUACCAUCAUUUGUUCGCUCGAGCGAUUUUAUAAACAAAUUUUGUCAGAAAAGCUGACAUAACAUUUCAGAACUUUUAUUUUCAAAAUUUCAACCUGAUAGACUAAAAAAUGAAAUAAAAGUUGAUGAAUAUUAAAACGAUUUAUGGACGAACUUGGGAUUCUUUGCCGAAUUUCUGGCAGCUGUCAGUGAACUAGCUGCUCAAUAGUUAGUUGAUCAUGUGAUUUUUAUGGUACAAUGCGGUUUUCUGUUGUCUAUGUAUAAAAAGAUAUUUAGCAAAACCAUAUAUUACGAACAGUGAUUGUCAGUAUAUAAACGACAAUAAGCAAAACCAUACAUGAGAAAUUAUAGAAUUACUGAAUAUACUUACAGAAGUAACAUGUUGGCAAAACAAUAUACCGCAUUUUAAAUACCUUAAUUAUGCUUGAACCAUAGAUAUCAGUUUCAAAUGAAAUUCUGAACUAGGGGUUCUAAUUUUUGGACAAUAUUUAAUUAUGGUCUGUUCAAAAAAUUGCCUACCAAUGAAGAUCACCUAAAAGAAAUUCUUUUACUUCGAUAAAAGAAUUGCAAAGUCUUUUGAAUUCUUCGAAAUUUUCUACUAUUGAUACUAUAAAGUAUAAUUACCCUACGCCUUUCACAAACCUUCAGAAGAUUUAUAUUUAUAACCUUUUUGAUUUGAAAAUAAAUGUUUUAAUCCGCGCAUUAUUUCUACUUUCUAAAAGAAUUCUAAUCAGGCCAGAAACACCAGUAUCUCUUUAAAUGUUUAUGCACUUAUAUUAAACUAUUUUAUUUGAAUAACUGUUUAGCUCCUUAAUUCUAAAUAUAAUUAUCUCGAACCAUUUCAAGUAUAAACAGCAUAUUCACUCUGUAGUGCUUAGCCAUUAUCACGGCCAUUUAAUUACAUGUCAAAAUAAUCUUUAUAUCAUCCAUCGUGAGAGAAAAAGUGAGUUAGAAUCUUCAAAAUCAUCUUCCAUCUCAUAAAUUUCCAACUAUCAUACUUGAACCAUCUGAAAUUUGUCCUUUCGUUCUUGUUGGGAUGAAGCGAGCGGACUAUUUUUCUCGCGUAGGAAUAUCUGUGUGAUUACGCUUCUGCUUCGUUCCGGCACCAUUCCUUCCGCGAACUGCUUAACAUGAUGCUGUGUGCGUAACUGUCAAUACUUGUGUUCUUUUCUUUUCGUUUUCUAUGUCUAAUAAAUGUGCUGUCUUCAAGAACCAUACUGAGAUUUAUUGAAAAGUAACAACAGUUCUUAAUCUUAAUUAAUCAUUGCCAUUUAUGCUGAUUUAGGAUCUUGGCCACAGAGAAAAUCGUGACGAAUUAAAAUAAAUCGACUUGCAAAAUAGCGAAAGAAUUGCAACCGAUUUCAUUGUCGAAAUUAGAAAAUUCGAAACACUAAAGCAGAUAGGCAUGCAAAAUGGCGAAAGUAUUGCAACUGAUGUAGUCGAUAACAGAAAAUGAAAAACGACGAAGCAAAUCAAUAUAUAAAAUGACGAAAGUCCUAUAGCAGAUAUCUUUGUCACUACCAUAUAAAUAAUUGCUAAAGAAACAAAUAUUUUCAAGACAUUAAAGAUCUAGAUAAUAAAAAGAAAUAUCAUAAAAUUGCAAGAACAAGAAAAAGCUUGUCCUUGCAAGCAACUUCUGAAAUAAACAAUGCUGUUUCUACUAUUAAAAUUCAUAGAUUCAAUAUGAUCACAUCUCUAAAUUGUGCAUUUUGCCUUCACAUGGAAUAAAUUAUGACACAAAGAUUUUCUCAUUGUCCAAGAUUCAGUAAUCCAUGAAUCCAGCCUUUAGAAAAAUUCCGGAUUUGAAUUCCGUUAGCUCUGAUGAUUCUCUACGCUGGCAACUAAAUUUGGAAAAAAAUUCAAAAAAUAAAAAUGAGCUUCUAAAUAUUUUUUCCCAAUCUGCAAUCCCUUCUAAUUGUGAUUUUGUAUUCUUAACAACUUUUUACUGUAUUUCAUUACUGUAAUAACAGUAGUAAUGUCGAAGUUUAUGCUUGUAGUGCCAAUAACAGAUACUUUAAAUAACCUAUAACGGAUACUUUAUGCAGAUAUAAUAGCAUUUUAAUAAGAAUCGAAUAAAAUCGACUUAGUGGACAAGAUCAACUGUAAUAUCAAGUGGCACCCAGUUCUUAUUAUAAAAACACGAUUGAAAUAACUAAUUAUUCGACGUUAAUGGAAAUGAAGUAAUAAAGUGGAAAAAAGAGGAUUCUAGAUAUUCCAGGUUGUACAGUAAAAAUGCGAUCAUAUUUUCACCUGGAUGCCUUUAGCCCUGACAAAUAAUUUCAGAUAUACGAUGCUCGAAAUUUAUUAUGAAGGUGCAUAAAUUCAUCAAUGAAUAAUUUUAAUUUGUAUAUUUUUUACAGUUUAGACAACCGAUGAAUAUCGAGAGGUAAUAUUGAAUAAAUUUUGCGUCCAUAUGAAAUUUAAACCCCAAAGCCUUAGAGAUUUUCAUUUAACCUUAGGUGCAUAUACGAUUAACAGACAAUCAAAUAAAAUUACCCAUUAUUAAUAGCGAUUCAUUUUGUAGAACCACUUAAUACCGAAUAGGAAACGUACGUAAAACAAGUCACCGCAAUCGAAACAUGAUAAUCUUAUCUCUUUAUUCAUAUUUUUUCUUCAUUGUUCCAUGUAUAUUCCUCUUUUUUCUUCACACAACAAAAUGUUCAGCAUAAAAAUUGAAUGAACAUACUGAAAGAUAAUUUUUCCGUAAAGAAUCCGGAUACUCUGCAUUUAGAAUCUAAAAGAAUAUAACUAGUUUAUACAUUAUUUUAAAACAGGAAUAACUUCUUAAGAAUUAGCUUAGAAGUUUUUUGGAGGCAUUCAGGAGGACAUGGACCACCAACAGUUUGCUAACGUUCCACAAAUAUGGAAGCCUGAGCCACACCAUGGAAAGAUGAUGAAGAGGCUGAAAAAAGUCAUCGAAGACAAAUACAAAGUGGAACUUGAUGAUUACGUAGAUCUCCAUAAGUGGUCGGUAGAAAAUCUUAGCGAGUUUUGGGCCGAAAUGUGGGAUUUCUUCGGCCUGGUUUCUUCGAAAAAAUCCGAAUUAGUAAUAGACUUGAAUAUUCCGAUGAGUGAAUCACCUAAAUGGUUUGAAGGUGCAAAGUUGAAUUUUGCAGAAAAUAUGUUAAAGUAUCGAGAUGACCGAAUAGCCCUAGUACAAGAUGGUGAGAAUUCAAAAGUGGAGAGAUAUACGUUUUCUCAGAUGUAUGAGCUGACCAGGCUAUAUGCUGCUGCUUUUCGCAAAUUUGGAUUGAAGAAAGGAGAUCUAGUUGCCUGUUACAUGUCUAACCGAAAAGAAGCAUAUUUCGCUAUGUAUGCUGUGGCGAGCAUUGGAGCUAUAUGGACUGGAGCAUUGCCACUUUUAGGAAGCGAGGCCGCUGUGAAUCGUUUCAAACAAGUUAAACCAAAGGUGCUUUUAACUGUAGACAGAUUCCUCCAAGAGGGUGAAGAGAUUGAUAUGUUAUCAAAAGUGAGAGAUGUAGUGAAAGAUUUGCCAAGUUUGGAGAAAGUCCUUAUUAUAGAAACGAAACCAGAAUCUCAUACUAAAGACAUAAGUACAAUUAAGAACAGUUGCUUUCUCGACGAGUUCCUAGAACUAGGUAUAGAAGAUGACGGAACCAUCCCUCCAAUGGAAUUCGAACAGGUGUCUUUUUCUCAUCCACUGAUUAUCAACUUCACAUCUGGAACUACGGGGUUGCCCAAACCAAUCGUGCAUGGAACUGGAGUUUUGAUGUCUGUCUCCAACAGCUUUGGAAUAAACUAUGACACUGAUCGAGACUCUGUCUGGCUUUCCGUAUCACCGGUAGGCUGGGCAUCCUGGAGCAUUUUUUCUUGUCUUCAUUUUCUUGGACAGAAACUCGUUCUCUACGAAGGAUCCCCAUAUUACCUGACACCCACAAACAUCUGGGACCUCCUACAUAAGCAUAAAGUUUCUCAUCUCUUCUUACCAGCAAGCGUCGUUGAUGAACUUGAAAAAAGAGGUUACCUUCCAACCGAAAAGCACGAUUUGUCAUCCCUCAAGUUGAUAGUGGCUGGCUCAAGUAUUGUGAAGCCUAAUAACUACGAUUUUAUGAACAAAAUACUUCCAAACACAAUGUUUGCUAAUUCUUACGGUUGUACAGAAUCAAUGGGGAUUUGUAUGCCAACAGAAAUGUCACUUCCAGCUUUCAAAACAGAAUUUAAUGCCGCUUGUCUCGGUACAUCUGUGGAAGUUUUGGAUGAAAAAGGCAACCCUGUAGUUGGCGAGCUUGGCGAAAUUGUCAUCACCAAACCUUUUCCCAAUCUCUGUCUUGGGCUGUGGGGCGAUGAAGACGGCUCACUUUUUCGUGAGAAAUAUUUCUCUAAAUAUAAAGAAUUUUUUUCUGUUGGCGACUAUGGGAUCGUCAAUCCCAUUACGAAAAACUGGAGAAUAUGUUGUAGAAGCGACGAAACACUGAAGCAAAGAGGCUGUCGUUUUGGAAGCUCAGAAAUUUACAAUAUUGUGGAAACAUUCCCCGAAGUACGAGAUAGCCUUUGCGUUGCACAAUACAACAAAGAAAUGGACGAAAGAGCGGUUUUGUUCCUAAAGAUAAGAGAUGGCUACACAUUCAGCGAAGAGUUGGUCAACAGAGCACGAAAGGCUAUUGCAGAAAAGUUAACGGUUCGUCAUGUUCCAGACAUUAUCAUUGAAACGAAAGAGAUACCGUAUAAUCUGAAUGAGAAAAAAUUGGAGAUAAUUGUCAAGAAAAUCAUAAAUAAACUUCCUUACAAUGAAGAAACUGUAGCGAACCCUGAGUGUUUACAAUAUUACCACAAUGUGCCUGAAUUACAAGGAUUCUGAAGAAUUGUUACUUCAAAGAUUAAAAAAAAGAUUCUAAAACAUCAUUAUAAAUUAUGUAAUCAAAUAUUUCAAUUGAACAAUAAAUUAUUUUUAUAUAUGC